GUGAACUUGGAGUUGCCACCGGUCCGGCGUGAUCGGGCGCGAUCUCGUCUUGUCCGCCCUUUUCGCACCGCCUCCUGUCUUCGGAUCAUGGGCUGGUCCAACCUGCUCGUCGUUUUUGUACACGCCGCAAGUGUGCUCAUAGCGCUUCGUGGAGCGGCAGGGAAGCUGUGCACUCCGGGCUUCUGUUCGAAGGUGACGUGCAAGCCGAUCAAGGCCAGCGAGUGCAACGGGAAGGUGGAGGCCAACGCCAGCGACUGCGGCUGCUGCGAAUUCUGCGUCAAGCAGCUCGAUGAAGGUGACGUGUGCUUUUCUUUCACCAAAUACGGUCAGCGAAAGUGGGCAGUGUGCAAGAAGGGCUUGAUGUGCAGCGAAAGCACCUUCAGGUGCGUGAAGAACUUCACCCACCGUCUUUUCGGCGACGACGACAAGCCAGCCGCAGAAAUGGAUACGCUCAUCGCAUUCCAAUAAUAUAGCUCGUUUAAAUUUAAUAACAGUCUCUUUUGACAUAGUUGCCUAAGCUCGCGAACAAACGUAACAAAACUGCUGCUCUUGCACGUGAUGAAUACAGACACAGAAGCGCACGCAGAUGCGGUCCCGACACAUUUGCAAGGUUCUCAAGGUUUCUGAUUAACUGAGAUGUGCAGGGAGAGCACAGAUUUAUGACGUGGUGAUCAGAAUGUCAGACUACUGCCCAAAAUCAGUCGCACUACUAAGCGCAUAUGCGUUAGGAGGACCGAGGUAGAUUUUGUGAUUGCAUAAUGUAACCACGCAAACGACAACGGACGAAGAAGGAAACAUACUGCCCCAUUGCAUUUUUCGCUUGCAUACGGAGGUUCUGAAUGAAGUUUUUCAUAAAAUAAAUAAAGCUUUUUCACACCAUUCCA